CAGGAAGAAAUUGAUAUGCCUUUGAAAUUAUUCAGAGAUUAUGUGACGUGUUCCAAUUUAGAGCGGCUUAAAUCUAGAGAAAGAAGAAAUAAAGAGAAUUAAACCUAGGUUAAAAGUACAGAUAUAACACAGACACCACACAAUCUAGACAUAACAGGAAGGCAUAGCCCUUGCUUCCAUUUAAAGCCUUCCAAGUGCCAUGCUUCGAUUCUUUCUUGCAACGUGUGUGAUAUUGGUGGUGUGUAGCCUGUGCGAGGGCUACACCGAGUACUGUGUGAUAGGGGCGGGGCCCGCAGGUCUCCAGAUGGGGUACUUCUUCAGUCGCGCUGGACGUGAUUACAUCAUCUUUGAAAAAUCAAAUGUCUCAGGGAAUUUCUUUGUCAAAUAUCCACGCCACCGAAAGCUGAUCAGUAUUAACAAACGCUGGACAGGCAAAACCAACAAGGAGUUCAACCUCCGUCACGAUUGGAACAGCCUUCUUAGCGACAAUGAAGACCUUCUCUUUACCAAGUAUUCCAAUAAGAUGUUCCCGCAUGCUGACGAGAUCGUAAAGUACUUCGAUGACUUUCAGAAGACGUUUGGGCUGAAAGUCCAGUUAAAUACAGAGAUCCGUAACAUUCAGAAGGAGGUUUGUGACAUGGCUCCUGAUGGUCACAUCUUCACCAUGGUGGACCAGAAUAACACACCCUACAGAUGUGGUCACCUGAUCAUCGCUACAGGGAUGAGUAAGGCGAAUGCGCCCGUGUUUGAGGGGAGCCAAUAUAUUGACACUUACGAGGAUAUGUCACUGAACACAGACGACUAUGAGGGGAAAACGGUUCUCAUCCUUGGCAGAGGAAAUGCAGCCUUUGAGACAGCCACACACAUCUAUGGCUCCACCAACCUCAUCCACAUGAUUUCAAGGUCACGGGUUCGACUUUCAUGGGCCACCCACUAUGUGGGGGAUCUAAGGGCUGUAAACAAUGAGUUGUUGGACACCUAUCAGCUGAAGUCACUGGACGGGGUCCUGGAGGCGUCUAUUGAUGAGAUGGGGCUUAUCAAGAAUGACAAGGGGCAGUUAAUUCUUACUGUAAAAGAUGGUGACACUAGCUCACAUGCGGAGAUGGACUUCGAUAACUUUGCGAUGCGCGAGCCUUAUGAUAAGAUCAUCAGAUGCCUUGGAUUUGUUUUUGAUACGGAUAUAUUUAAUGGUUCAAUGACGAUAAGCAGGCCAACGGGUCGCGCCAAGAAGUACGCUUCCAUCAACUACAAUUACGAGUCAAAGGACCACCGCGGCAUGUUCAUUGCUGGAACUGCAUCUCAUUCGUUGGACUUCCGCAAGUCAGCCGGGGGCUUCAUUCACGGCUUCCGAUACUCAGCUCGUGCCUUAUUCCGUCUGCUGGAGUGGCGAUACCACCGUGUCCCCUGGCCCCAUACCAGCGCCCCCUCUUCCCAACUGCUGACCCACAUUCUCAAGCGCAUCAAUGAGGCUUCUGGCAUCUAUCAGAUGUUCUCUAUACUCGGUGAUGUCAUCAUACUCAGGAAUGACACGUACAUGUAUUUAGAGGAGUUCCCAAUCAAUCUGAUCCACGAACUCCCAGAGUCGUCCGGUCAUGACGCGGGCCGGAUAAUCGUCCUAAACAUGCAGUAUGGGGCCUCGUUUUCCGGGCCUGGCAACGACAUCUUCAGACUCAACCGGGCCACCGGUGACCCCUCUGAGGCCCAUGAGUCGAACUUCCUGCAUCCUGUCUUCUAUUAUUAUGAAAAACUUCCAUCAGGCAAUGAUAUGAAGUACAAGCCAUUGUUGGAGCAUCUACCCCGUCCUGAUAGGCUGCACCACAUUGUGGAGGACUUCCUUACGACAUGGGACGGCACCACAUCGCACAUUCUCCCCCUGCGACGUUUCGUGGAGGCCGUUCUGGACCAGGACAUGCGCAAUUACCUGGCAGAGGACUGCAUGGUGACAGCCAUGACAUCCACUGACAUACCGCACAAAUGUGACCAGUUCUACAUGCAGGGGGAGGGAAUCACUGGGUCACAUGUGUACCAAACAAUUAUGUAAACGGCCAGAUAAUCACAUAUAAGCCAAGAAAACUGGACUUUGCACAAUAAAUAUGCGUAAAGUGUUUACCCGAAUUAGCCUGUGUGGUCUGCACUUGUUAAUCAGAGACAAAACUUUUUCCUAUUCAUUGGAUUUUCUUUCAAAAGAGACUGCCUUUAAACAAAAAAAACCAUGAAAGAGGAAAGUUUCGUCCCUGAUUGGCGUAUGGGGACUGCAAAGGAUUAUCUGUGAUGAUACUUUAUGCACAUGUAUUAAACCCUGUAUUCUCAGUGCAGAGUAUAUAUAUGUAUAUCAAAACUGCUUUUCUGCAACAAGUUUGUGCCUUAUAUAGCCAUUUUGAAAAUCCUCAACAUGUUUCUGCUGAAUUAUUACAUUUCUGCUUUAAUAUGUUGUAUCAGGUUUAAAGAAGUUCAGUAAAUGUAAACGCAAAAUAAAAAUAUUGUGACAUGUGCAGAUAACCAAACGUUGCAUAGACCUCUAAUUUAUAUCAUCAUAAUUUAUGUUGUUUUAAAUAUGACACUUUGUUUGCUUUAUUAUGCUCCCUGAAAUAAAAUUUUGGCGGAGCAUAUAGUUGCCAGUUUGUCCUUCCUUACUUCCUUACUUCCUUCCAUCACACUUUUGCUACCGUUUCUCAUAGCACCUUCCAUUCUUUACCGAUCUCUUUCAUAUUUGGCAUGUAGGUACUUUGCAUGGACCUCUACCUUUUGAUGAGGUUUGAGGUCACUGGGGUCAAGGUCAAGGUCACCGAGGCUAAUAAUAGAUUUUUCUGUCACACUUUUGUUACAGUUUCUUAUAGCACCUUCAAUUCUUUACCAAUCUCUUCAUAUUUGGCAUGUAGUUACCUUGCAUGGACCUCUACCUUUUGAUGAGGUUUGAGGUCACUGGGUCAAGAUUACCUAGGCUAAUAAUAGAUUUUUCCGUCACACUUUUGUUACAGUUUCUCAUAGCACCUUUAAUACUUUACUGAUCUCUUUCAUAUUUGGCAUGUAUGGACCUUGCAUGGACCUCUACCUUUUGAUGACGUUUGAGAUCACUGGGGUCAAAGUCAAGGUCAUCGAGGCUAAUAAUAGAUUUUUCUGUCACACUUUUGUUAAAGUUUCUCAUAGCACCUUCAAUACUUUACCGAUCUCUUUCAUAUUUUGCAUGUAGGUGCUUUGCAUGGACUUUUCCCUUUUGAAGAGGUUUGAGGUCACUGGGGUCAAGGUCACAGAGGCUAAUAUUAGAUUUUUUUAGGUGGUUAUUAACACAUAGAUUGACAAAGCGCAUCAUCUGGGAGCAUCCAUCAGUUUCACUGAUAUUCUUGUUUUUGAUUUUGCUGUUAUGAGGUAUGUUCUCGUUUUGUCAUGCAUGGCUACCUACAACAUUUGUGUGCACAUUAGAGCCAUUCUGUCUUGUUUGAAAUGUAUGUAAUAGAGCACAAAUAUGUCUAGUUUUUAUGCCCCCGGAUCAAAAGAUCGGGGGUAUAUUGUUUUUGGCCUGUCUGUCUGUCAUUCAUUCAUUCAUUAUGUGUGUCCCAAAACUUUAACCUUGGUUAAAGUUUUGCAAUAACUUUUGCAUUAUUGAAGAUAGCAAAUUGAUAUUUGGCAUGCAUUUGUAUCUCUUGAAGCUGCACAUUUUGAGUGGUGAAAGGUCAAGGUCAAGGUAAUCCUUUAAGGUCAAAGGUCAAAGCCGCAAAAAAGGGGGCAUUGUGUUUCUGACAAACACAUCUCUUGUUAAUGAUGGUUUCAUGAGUCAAAUUGUUUUUCUGACAAAUAACUCACGGAGUACCAAAGAGUUAUUCUAGCAAGGAUGUUAUAAAAAUGAGAACAUCAUUAAGAAUCUUUUACUUGUUUAUCUCAAGAGGUUGAAAUUCUUCCCCCCAUCUCAGGCAUAGAAAUGAGCAAUUUAAGUAGCCAGUCAAAAUCCUUAUUUUAUGUCUGACAUCAAUACAGUGUUACAGGUCUGACUGUAUGAAACUGACAAUCUGAGCAAAUAAACAAACAGCGGAACUUCAGCUGCUCUAGCUUAAGAGAAACUGUAUAGCAUGUCAUAUUAUAUUUAUGGCAAGAAACAAAUUGCCAAACAGAAGACACAAAAUAAAUGUCUACACAAAACACACAAAUUCCCAACAAACACCCCUGGUUAUAAUUUGCCAGUAUAUAGGACUUGUGGGAUUGCCCUUAUUAUAUCUUGGCCAAGUUCUAAACUGGGACCUGUGGGGUCAAAGGAAGGUCAAUAGGUUAAAGGAAAAGGAACACAAAGCUUUAGAAGGUAUCUUAGUUGCUUUCAUUCUCAUUUAAACUUGGUUAGAAAUUUGUAACUAUGAUAUCUCCACAGAGUUUGGGUCAUACAGAAAUGCAUAUUAUGUUUUAGAAAUGUAAAGGUUAUAUGAAAGAUAUGAAAUGUAAAGGAACAAUAAUAAUAAGAAUCUAUAUUUGUACUCUUUACAUAAUACAUGUAUGCAUAACUUUGUUUUUCUAUUAUCCAUUUUUUGCCAUUGUUUCAAAACAUGUGUUUCAUCAGACAAGUAUACAUAGUUGUUUCUCUCAUGUUAAACUGCACUGCAAAUGGUACUUGCACUUAGUUUAAAGUUUAGGUCUGGUAUGUGCAUGGUUUGCGAUACAUAAGACUAUGAUACUAUUUAGGCAAAAACUAAAUGAUCAGUUGUUUGACAGAAUUUUGCAUACAAUUUUAUAGCAAGCAAGUGAAAUAACAAUACUUUUGUUUCUUUUUCAAUGUAAUCAGAGGCGAUCACAAAUUGAAGAAUACAAAAUUAUGACCAUAUUAAUUAAAAAUUUGUUCAAUGUGAAUGAAAGCUGUAUAUAUUACUAAUAGGUUCAUUUUGAUAAAUCUUCCUCAUUCUUUGUUUGACUUUGGUUUGUGAUUUCUAUUAUAGAAUGAUGUUUACCACACUUCCUUUGAUUACAGUGGAUUGGUGUAUAGCGGAUAGCGAAGGACUUCGAGUCUCAUUUCAACGUAAACACCAUGCAUUCAGUAAUUAAACCAUUAAACCUAGAUAGACACAUGUCUUUCCUAUUGAAACAUGCCAGCGGUUUUAAUUUUCCGAAAAAAUAUUAUUUGUUUACAGCGCGAAUUUCAUGGUACACUGAUUCAGCCAUUACCGGAUCGCUUAGGUCUUUAUCUGAUUACAUGGGUAUCGUGUUAUUUCUUGAAAUUUGACACAGCAUUUGUAAAAAUAAUUGCAAUAUAUGUACAUUUCCAGAAAGGAAAUUCAUUUCUGCGUUUAAUAAGACCAAAUUCAUGGAAAUCGCUGCACAAUUGAUGAAGUAAUGGCUGUUCAAAGCGAUGCACCCUAUAUUCGGGUCAUUUUGAGUUUAAUAUCUUGUUAUAUAUAUAUAGAUUUGAUAGUGAAAAUAUGUUUUCAGAGACAUCGAUUUUUCGUUAUAAUUUGAUUAUUUUUCAUUAAAAAUGAUGUUUUCGUUAAUUAAUAUUAUAGCCACACGCUAACCACAUGUGUAUUGGACAACUUAAUUGAGUUUAUAUUUAUUUUGAGACAAUCCCGUCAUUCCUGAAUAUAAGUCACCACAUUUCCGUUAUUCACUAAAUCCCGAGUUACAGCUUACAUGCUUAUUUUAUAUGGUACGCAUCAAUUUGCUUUCUGAGCAUUCUUACUUUUGUAAAGGACACAUACUACUAAAAUAUUACAUCAAUGAACAUUAAAUUUACCAAACAAAAUCUGCAAAAUUCAAGAAACCAUUCGUCUGCACUUUUCCUGUCGUCACAAAAACGGUGCGUACAUAACGUGACCUUGUUUUGCUUUCGAAAAAAGAAACAGUUGUAAACAUUGACACACGUCAACAAAAACAUGAAUCGACUUAACAAUGAUAUGCUUUUUGUUUUCAAUUCAUAGAAAACUAUAAAUCUUAACAUAAAUAAAAGUAUUUUGCAAGAAACGUUUAACCUAUCUGUUACUCACUAAAAUCCGUUAUACACCAAUCGAUUGUAUAUUUAUAUAAAUACUACAGAUGAAGGCUAAGGUCAAAGAUGUUAAGUAUUGAAGAACAAGAUAUACCCCGGUAGUAGCAAAAGUAAAGCCUCUACACUGUUAUGUUUGUCAAGUAUAUAUUACUGAUGUAAGAACUCUAGAAUGGAUGACUUGAUAGGCAAUGACCACAACAGUUGCUAAAGGCGUUUUACACCUAGAUUUUUGUGUGGAAAUCAUUACUGCAGAAACAACAAGGAAUACACAUUCUCAUAAUACAAGAUACAAGAAUCUUUAUUUAACGUCGGAUGUGAAUAACAAUAAACAUAAGCUCAUGAGCUAUUUCUGUAGACAUGACAUCAUCUUGAUUGAGAAUAGACAAAUUGUUUGCUGUAUAAACAUGGAUUCACAUCUGUCAGACAGAACAAGCAUGACCACGUUAUGAAAUACUGUCAGUUGUUUCAUUUCCUUUUAUGCAGUGAAGACCCCUUUGAUGAAGUUGGUUUAAAUUGAUCCUUUGUUACCAAAAAUGUUUAUUAUAUUUAUUUGUAUGGUUUAAAGAAAAUGUUGAUAAUCCUUUACAAGUUUGUAAAUACUAAAAUUAUAUUUGUUGACUCAUAGAAAUGUGUUUAACUUUGGAUUAUAAUUGUAGUUUCAUUCAAAUAGAAACAUAAUUGAACUCUGAAAUUGUGUAUUGAAUCUGUUCUUUCUUUGGUUGAUCACUUAAGUGUGAGCACAUAAGCCUAUUUUUUGUUAUGAUUUAUUUUUCUAUGUGUUUUUGUUUUGUAUGCACUUACAAAAAGUAAUAUUAUUUAUAGCAAAAUAUAAAUACUAAUAAAAAUUGGUUGGGUUAUAUAUACA